AUGCCCUUGGCGCUCCUGGCUUGCUUGCUGCCACUCUCGCUAGCAGCUCCAGCCCCAAUUCUAACGCCUUCUGCUUACCGUCGGGACAAUUCAGCCCAAACUGCAGCCGUCUCCGAUGCCACUAUUGAAACGGACUUCGUGAGACCUGCUCAGUUCAGUCGGAUAGCGUACUGCUCCAGCCAAGCGGUGACCAGCUGGCAGUGUGGCGCCCCGUGUGCUGCUGUCGGUCCCAAUGUCAAGGUUCUCCAGGCCGGGGGAGACGACGGCCUGAUUCCAAUGUAUUUCAUUGCUCACGACCAAGACACCGAUAGCAUUCUAUUGGCUCACCAAGGAACGGAUGCACAGAACAUUCUGUCCAUUUCUAAUGAUGUGCAAUUCCUGCAAGUCGGCCUUAACACCACUCUGUUCCCUCAAGCCGGCGACGGUAUAAAGGUGCAUGACGGGUUCCAAAAGACGUUCGAGCGCACCGCGGACGGUGUUCUUGCCGGGGUUCAGAGUGCUUUGAACUCCACGGGAGUCAAAAAGGUAGCCAUCACAGGGCACAGUCUUGGUGCAGCGAUAGCUACUAUGGACGCCGUCAUGCUCAAGAUGAACCUCGAUCCAUCCAUAUCGCUCUCGACAGUCGUCUUUGGUCUACCCAGGGGAGGCAAUCAAGAAUGGGCUAACCUCGUCGACAAGACACUGGGCACGGACUUCACGCACAUCACAAAUCAGAACGACCCCGUGCCUACGGUGCCUCCCCAGUUCCUGGGGUAUGUGCACCCGCAGGGCGAAGUACACAUCGCCAAAGCGAACGCGACCGGUGCAACGGAGACGGUCGCAUGUCCUGGGACCGAGAACGAGGUGAGUUCAUUGUACAGUAUGCUACUCUAUUCUGUCUCACUUCCUGGCGACUGUCAGAAUUGCUCCGAGGGUAACUCUCUAUUCCACGUCAGCGUGGCGAACCACAUUGGUAUGCAUGAAUUGACCACUUAA